GUGCGCUCAGUUUGUACUCAACAGCCGUUGAGUUAGGUUGGGCUUUUUUACUUGCUAAUAUUCUAAACUGCACACACUAACGUAUUUAACGCGCGCGCUACGAGCAGGUAAAUAGUAUAACGAACGAACGGCAUAGAAUAAACAUUUUUGUAAAUUGCUGCAACCUAGAUUCGAAAACUCUUGCUACUAAAAACGCGCCCGUCACCCGUACCCCCAACGGAAAACAUACAUACAGACAUAUUAAGUGUAUUAAGGUUAUACCUACGACGUUAACAAAGAAAUACGAAACGGCGCCAUUAGAAAGACACUGCAACAUUGACAGUGUUACAAAUCAAUUAAACAACAUUAAGUGGUUACAAAAUCUCAACCAUUACCACGUCAGACUUUGCAACCACUGCUGCAAGUGCAGCAUUUGGCAAUUAUACUACUAGUACAACUGCUGGUAGUGCCAACAAUAUCGCAACUGCAACUACAUUCACCCCCACUACACCCAUCAACUACUACACCAGCACCACCACCACCUCCAACACCCACUGCGGUAACAACACAGCAACGAUGAGCAGUCGUAAAGAUGAUCCCGUAUUCAAUGUGAAAUUUGUGCAACUGGUCGAAUCGAAACCUUGUCUAUGGAAUUCAACUUUACCCGAGUAUAGUAAAAAAGAUGAAAUACAAAAAGCUUGGCAAGAGGUGGCCAAUGAAACAAAAGAUACGGUACGAAACUGUCGGGAGCGAUGGCGUACAAUACGCAGCAGUUUUCUACGUUCUCUAAAGUUAUCACGCACAAGUACGGGCCGGGGUAAACGUAAAUAUUAUCUCUCCAAGUACUUGCAAUUCCUGAUACCAUUCACCAAGACUCGUCUGAAAAAUAGCUCCACCAUAAUUGCACAAAGAAAAGCGGCAGCAGCUGGAAAUAUUCCUCCCAUGACACGUAUCAGUAACAUGCCCAUUGUCAGCAGUGACGACACCAAAGAUUCUAGUAACUCGGCUGAUGUGGCGGGCAUAGCAGAGGGAGACGUUGUGGUAUCAUUACAUGAGGGUGCAAUAGUAGGAGGAGUUGCCAUAGCACAACAUGCACCUCUGCCAUUGCCUCAGCCGCUAAAUUUGCAAGCCAUUAAACAAGAGAAAGAUGUUACAACAAGUGGCACCAACACAAUUAUGCCACCUAUGGAUCAUUUGCUGCAAUCAUUAGAUCAUCAAAGGCAUUUUGUAAACAAUUCAACAUCUGGAUGUAUAAACAACAGCAACAAUAACAACCAUAAUAACAUUAAUAAUAACAACAUCACAAAUCCCACCAUGAACAAUAAUCUAAACACUACGAACAAUGGUACUCCAGCUAUGAAUGCCACCAAUCAUAAAAAUACUAGUAGCAACAGCAGCAACAAUAACAGCAACAUCAUCAGUGCACAUCCUCCUCAAAGUGGCCCAUUUCCGCAUCCAACAGAAACACGCAGUUCCAGUGCGGUGGACCUAACGGAAUUUGCCGAAUGGAUAAAAAGUAAAAAUGAACAUCAACGCCAUUGUUUAAUGACAACUUCACCUGACGCUGAUCAAUCAUUUCUCAAUAGCUUGCAUCCAUAUUUGAGGGAAAUGUCCGGGAAACAAAACAGACGCUUUCGCCAAAAGGUUGUGGCUCUGAUCGAUGCCGUACUGGACAAUGCCGACUGAGGCUUUUCUCUAUAUAUAUUAUAUUGUUUUCUCUUUUCAGCAUUCUAUUCUUAAUGUACAGACACACUUAAAUCCAUAUAUAUAUCGUCACCGGAAAUGCCAAA